CUGGUAAGCUCAGUUCUCACGACAUAAGCAACCUCAAUUCGCCUUCAUACUCUGCCCUCACCAGUUCCUGCCUUCAGUGACUUCAUUCAUACCUCUCUGCGUGCCUCCGUAGUAUAGAAACAUCAGAGUCCCAACCCAGCUAUAGUUUCCCGUGUCCAGCUCGCGUCAUCUCGACUCCAUAAUCUUCUCGUCAUCAAUCUACACAUCCCACAAAUGGAUUCCCAAUCAUUUGAUUACUGGUUGUCACAGGGUAACAGCUAUAUGCCACCACAUCAGACAACUGUAUUCGAGCUUCCCCCGGAUCUGUCCAAUGUUCCGAGUCUCAGUGGUUCUCCUGUUUCUUCCACAUACGACCAAUUCCCAGCACCAAUACAUCCGGGCUACUACCCCCAUGUCGCAGACGAGUCAAUGCAAUUCGGAUCAUAUCCGCUACCAAUGACACCAUCCGAUUUUGGCUCCGAUCACGAUAGCCCAUACUGCAGUCCACGGCCUCCACACUUACCGGAACCGAUGUUCUCACAGACUGCCCCAGCUUCCGGACCAGCAGAGAAGACGCAUACCACCUCAGGGAGGCGGAGAGCCCAAAACCGCGCCGCCCAACGCGCAUUCCGAGAACGGAAAGAGAAGCACGCCCGAGACCUCGAAGCUCAGCUCACAGCCCUCACUGAUAAAUACAAUAAGCUCGAGACAUCACAUACAGAACUCAACGCCGCAUACGACAAGUUACGCAAGACCAUCGAACUCCUUACACAAGACGACGACGCCGAGGGCGAGGAUGAGGACGGUAAGAGCCUGAGGCGGAGAAGUAGCAAUUCCGACACACUUCGAAAACUAUUAGAGAUACUACACGGCGAAGUCAAAGGCGUCAUAGUCAAAAGUGAAAGUGAUUGAGCGAGCGCAGUGGAACAAUGCAUUAGGAGCAUAUUGUCUUUUGUCUUAGCUCUUCUUUUUGUCUUCCGAUCGAUAUCAUCAUGAGUAGCCCGGCGCUAUGGCGUUUCUUCUCAAUUUCAAAUGUCUUCACGUUCUAUAUGACUUUUUUAACUUUACUUGGGUGGGCGGGACUAUCUAGGAUGCUGGGGCUUUUGCUCCCUUGCAGGGUCAGCGGUAGGGAUGAAUUAACCAUAGUUGCAAAUUGCAACUUUUACUGGAACGGUAGCAAGCCUCUGUCCAGUUCCGGACAUUUUCAUAGACAGAAACGGCCUUUAACGUUUAACCCAUAUGUGGAACAACUAUACUCAAAACAAGUAGUCUUUAAUGCAUACAAUAUCAAAUU